AUCGACUGAAGCUUCUUCCUCCUCCUCCUUUUAUUGCUUUUUCCCUAAUUGAUUGCUUUGGUAUAUCUUGAUUGAUCCUCAGCAAAACAAGAAUGGCCACGGAAGACGAAAGAUACCGGCAGUCGAGCCAGUUCCGCCUCUGGUCUUUCUCGCCCACCAGCCUGCGAGAGCUUCGAAACAAGACCAACGACCUCGCCAAGCAGCAGAUCGCGCCGCGAUUCGCAGCCGAUGCCCAGCCCGAAUUCCUGACCCCUGGCGAAGAGUCAACGCUGGUGCAAUUCUUCACCACCGAGCUGAUCCGCGCUGCCCAGUUCUGCGAGCUCCCGACCGAGAUCCGAUCCACGGCCGCCGUCUUCUUUCGCAGAUUCUACAUUACAAACUCGGUCAUGACAUACCCUCCCACCGAGCUGUUGAAGACGUCGCUGUUUUUUGGUUGCAAGGCGGAGGGAUACUACAUCAGGCUGGCCAAGCUGGCCGAAAUGUUUCCCAACACGACGAGCGAGCAGAUUCUGGCGGGGGAAUUCUUGCUCUGCCAGGGCAUUCGGUUCGCGUUUGACGUACGACAUCCGUUUAGAGCGCUGGAGGGAGCUAUUCUGGAAUUGAGGAAGCGUCUGCCAGAGGAAGAGGGCAGAAUUGCCAAGGCUCACGCGAUGGCCAGAGAUAUUCUCAAGUUCAGCCCUCUGCUAACCGACGCCUAUUUUCACUAUACGCCUAGCCAGAUAAUGAUGGCUUCUUUAUUGAUGGUGGAUAAGGAGCUUGUCGAAAUUCUAAUUCCUGCUGGGUCUCGGACUGGGGAGGACGGCGACAAACAUAUGGGAUCAAAUGCAGAGAUGCGAGAGAAGAUUAUUAGGACGAUUGAGAGCUGCCGCUCCAUGAUGGAGAAGGAGCCUCCGCAGCGGAUGAAAGAGUACUGGGAGACGCCCGAGCUCGUCAAAUCUUUGAAGCCUCUGCGAAAGAAGCUACAAAAGUGCAGAGACACGGACAGAGCAGAUCUGGUGGCUCUGCAGCGUGCGAGACGCGAGCAAGCAACGACAAAGGUCAAGAAGCCGACAGGAACAGUACAAAGCGACGGCGCUGUCUUUGGGGAGGCGAUGGAUGCGAGGGACGUGAAGAGGAGGAAGUUGGAGGGUGCCAAUGACUUGUUUGGCCCGCCUCUGUGAAGUAACGGGAGACCUGAUAUCAGCGAUGCGCUUGCUAUAUCACAGCAUUGCUCUAGCAUGUUCGCUUCUUCUCACGUGCUGUCCGAAAAGGAGAAGUGAUGCCUGGCAAAUGCUUAGGUUGAAUGCUAUUACACACGAGAAUAUACAUCGAAAUCCCAAUGCGAUCUACUCCGUGCCAAGCGGACGAGUUGCUCCAGAGUGCGGCUCAAUCGAAGGUGGUCAACGCACUGGGGGAUGUGUCUCAGCCCUCCCAACCCUCCGCCAAAGUGGAACGUUGCGCGCUAGACAAGGCACCAUCAUCCAUAUGAGAUGUUGAGGCGGUGAUGGGCAGUUUUAGGAAAUCAGAUGCACA